AUGAUUUCAGUGAACGUGGCUAUGAGAGGCAAGACGAUUCAGUCAUCCACGUUCAACAGUUCCACUGCUGCCAAGAAGGCCAUCGAUGGGAACCAAAGCGGGAUGCCCCAGGACGGCUCCUGUGCGCAAACAGAGGCUGAGACCAACCCCUGGUGGAGGGUCGACCUGCUGGAGUCAUACAGAGUCACAACCGUGACCAUCACCAACAGAGAGGACUGCUGUGCUGAGAGGAUCAACGGAGCUGAGAUCCGCAUUGGGAACUCCCUGGAAAACAACGGCAACAGCAACCCAAGGUGCACGGUGAUCUCCUCCAUACCAGCAGGGGGAGCCAGCACCUUCCAAUGCAAUGGGAUGGAGGGCCGUUAUGUGAAUAUAUUCAGCAGGGGGUACAAGCAGCAUCUGACUCUGUGUGAGGUGGAAGUAAAUGCCGUGCCUGUUCCUGUCGAGGUUGAGCCAACCACCCUUAAUGGACUUGAAAUGAUUGAUCCCCUAGGAGAAAAUGUGGCUUUGAAUAAACAGGCGUCUCAGUCAUCGCAGUACAACUACUUGGGCAGUCCAAAUAAUGCUGUGGAUGGCAGGCGUAACUCCAGGUACAGUGAGAGGUCCUGCAGUCUCACGAAAACUCAAACCAACCCCUGGUGGAGAGUGGACCUGCUGAGGCCUCACAGUGUCACCAUGGUAACCAUCACCAACCGAGAGGACAACAACCCCGGGAUGAUUGACGGGGCGGAGAUCCGAAUCGGGAAUUCCCUGGAGAACAACGGGAAUAACAAUCCACUAUGUGAUGUCAUAUCCUCCUUCCCUGCGUGGGAAUCUAAGACGUUUUACUGCAGGGGGCAGCUUGGUCGCUACGUGAACAUCUUUCUGCCCGGUUGUGACAAACAUCUUGCACUGUGUGAGGUGGAGGUCAAUGCAAAACCUGAGCAAGGGGAGGAAAGUAAGGAUGAACCACCAAAGCCUGCAAAAAGAAAAGCAGACACUAAAUGCCCUAACACUAAAAUUGUGAUUGAGAACGCAGCCACAGGAGGGAGCGCAACCCAGUCGUCUCAGCUGGACGGCCUCGGGGGUGCCAACAACGCCAUCAACAGAAACAGGAGCUCCACCUACUCAGAGGGGUCCUGCAGCCACACCAGAGCUGAGAUCGACCCCUGGUGGCGGGUCGACCUGGGAAAUGUCCACAAUGUCACCUUUGUGACCAUCACCAACCGCGGGGACUGCUGCUCUGACAGGAUCAGUGGAGCAGAGAUCCGUGUUGGCAACUACCUCGACAAUGAGGGCAACAGCAACCCACUGUGUGCAGUGAUUCCUUACAUCCCAGCUGGCCAGAUUAGGACUUUUGAGUGUGGUGGGGUGGAAGGUCGCUAUGUCAACAUAGUGCUCCCUGGCCGAGAGAAAUACCUGACCCUCUGUGAAGUGGAGGUGCAUGCCAGCACUUUUCAACCAGUGACUCCUUCUGCGGUACCUGACAUGCCCCCCAACCCUUACCGGACAUGGCUGUGGGCCCCUUGGCAAAAACUGCGUCACCCUGUGGCUCGGAGUGAUAACGUUGCAGUGAAGGGGAGAGCCACCCAGUCCUCUCAGUUCAGUCGUCUGACCCACGCUGAGAAUGCCAUCGAUGGGAGUCUGGACGCCGAGUACCUGUCUGGCUCAUGUGCCCACACCCGGCUCCAGUCUGACCCCUGGUGGCGAGUUGACCUCAUGGCGGUGCACAGGGUGGUGUCCGUUACCAUCACCAACAGAGAGGACUGUUGCGAGUGGAGGCUUGAUGGGGCCGAGAUACUCAUCGGGAAUUCACUGGAGAACAACGGCAACAGCAACCCAGUGUGUGCUGUUGUUUCAUCCAUCCCUGCUGGAGAAUCCAUAACCUUCCACUGUCAAGGAAUGGAGGGAAGAUACGUCAACAUCAUCCGACCUGGAUGCUUCAAGUUCCUCAGUCUGUGUGAGGUGGAAGUCCACGCAAGCCCUGUGCCUGGAGUGACUCAGCUGAAUACUGUGGAGGAUUAUGAAGACAACCCCUUGGAAACACAAUGCCCUGAUGUCCAAGUGCCUGAGAAUAUUGCUUCCCGGGGAAAAGCUGCCCAGUCCUCUCAGUAUGACCACCUUGGAAAUGCCAGGAAUGCCAUUGAUAAGACCCGAAAUCCACUGUACCACAUUGGUUCCUGCUCUCACACUAAGUGGGAAAGUGACCCCUGGUGGCGGGUUGAUCUAAUGAGGACGCACAAAGUGGCCUUUGUGACAAUCACCAACAGAGGGGACUGCUGUGCUGAGAGGAUCAACGGAGCUGAGAUCCACAUUGGCAACUCCCUGGAAAACAACGGCAACAGCAACCCCCUAUGUGCUGUUAUAUUGGAGAUGAGAGAUGGAGACUCUGCAACCUUUCAGUGCCAUGGUAUGGAGGGUCGCUAUGUCAGUGUCAUUCUUCCUGGAAGAAGGAGAUACCUAACCCUGUGUGAAGUAGAAGUCAACAGUACUGGAGAGGAUGCUCAUUUAUAAAGACAUCUCAGAACUGUGGAGUUUUUCCACGUUAGGGCCUUUCUGGCAAAUUAAUUACCUUGAUAUUGGAAUGGUACCAUUGAAUUAUGUGUACUGUCCAUAAUGGGGCAAAAAACAAUAAAAUGAAUUUAAACCCUUCCA